AUGGAAACUGGAGACCUGAUAUAUUCAAUGUUCUACCUUCUUCAGACGGAGAGCAAAUUGGCUGAAAAUGAGGCAGCACUUUCUUUGAUGAGGGAAAACUAUGAGAAACGGUUACUGCAGCAGCAAGCAGCACAAAAGAAGCAAUCUAUGAAAUUCCAGGAGCAGGAAGUUUCUCUUUCAGGUCAGUUGGCUUCAGCAACAAAGACUUUGACAUCACUGAGUGAAGAAUUCAGAAAGGAGAAGAAAUUAGCUGAGGAACUUAGGGAUGAAAUACAGAGAUUAGAGAGUAGUAUCAGACAAGCUGGCAUUGAUAAGGAUAUGCUUAAAACUAAAUUGGAAGAAAAGCUUGGUGAGAUUAGUGUUUUGCAGGAAAAGAUAAGUUUACUCAGCCAAGAAAUUGAUGAUAAGGAGAAGCACAUCAGGGAACUCUGUGCAGCACUUUCCUCGAAGGAAGUAGACUACCAAAAGCUGACCGCUUUCACAAAUGAAACUAAAAGGAGCCUUGAGCUUGCAAAUUCUAGAGUACAACAACUUGAGGAAGAGCUCAAUACAACUAAGAAUGCUCUCGCUUCUAAGAUAUCUUCUAUUGAUUCACUCAAUGCUAAACUUGAAACGUUGAACUCUGAAAAGGAAGAAGCUGACAAAAAAAUUAACGAGUUAAUACAAGAGUAUACAGACCUGAAGGCUGCUUCAGAGACAAAGGCAAACCAUGAUUCCAAACUACUAUCAGAAAGAGAUGAUGAGAUAAAACAACUUGAAGAAAAACUGUCUGUUGCAUGA